UUGACUGCGGGCCUGGGACGGGCAGAACCAAUUAGCCUACAUCUUGUCUCUGCUAGUGGGUCGACAGAUUUACAUUGCCAGGCGACGGAGAGGUGUUUUUCCUCCCUCCCCUGCACACUGCGUCUCGCUCGCGCGGUGGAGCCGGGAAUGCAGACGGUCGCGGGCGCCUCAUCCGCACUUAGCUCGUGAAUGGACAGCGUUUACAGCCAGGAGGACUGCUGCGACCUCUCCAUCCUAACAGCGAGACUUCGUCAUUUUGUGAUUUAGGACAGUGGACACCGGAACCGUUACCUCAGGGAGUGGAAGGCGCGCGGCUGGUGGAAGAUGGAGGCGUUCUUUGCUGAGGGUACGCGUGUGUGGGUGCGUCAGGCGGCGGAGGAGGGCAAGAAGGAGCAGCUGGUGCCCUCCAUAGUCAACUCCUGUGGAGACACACUGGUACUCACCACCGACUAUGGAGAGGUGUUGUACCUGCCCCAGGCGGAGGUGACUCGUGAGCGUGUGUACCCCAUGCACCAGAGCAGCAUAGACGGGGUGGAGGACAUGAGCUGUCUGGCCGAGCUCCACGAGGCGGCCAUCAUGCUCAACCUGCACCAGAGAUACCAGAAGGACAAAAUAUAUACCAACAUUGGCUCCAUCUUGGCGGCUGUGAACCCCUACAAGGCGAUAUCGGGGCUCUACGACCUCUCGUCUGUGGAGCUAUAUAGCCAACACCAUCUGGGCGAGCUCCCGCCCCACAUCUUCGCCAUAGCCAAUGAGUGUUACCGAUGCCUCUGGAAAAGACACGACAGCCAAUGUGUGCUUAUUAGUGGUGAGAGUGGUGCAGGUAAGACGGAGAGUACGAAGCUCCUGCUGCAGUUCCUGUCGGAGAUGAGCCAGAACUCAGCCGGGACCCCGCCGUCAGAAAGGAGUGCACGCGUGGAGCAGGCCAUAGUACAGAGCAGCCCCAUCAUGGAGGCGUUUGGCAAUGCUAAGACGGUCUACAACAACAACUCCAGUCGCUUUGGCAAGUUCAUCCAGCUGCACUUCUCUCAGAGCGGGAACAUCCAGGGAGGAUGCAUCGUCGACUAUCUGCUUGAAAAGAACCGAGUGGUGAGGCAAAACCCUGGGGAGAGGAACUACCACAUAUUCUAUGCACUUCUAGCUGGCGCCAACAAAGCUCAAAAAGAGACCUACUUCUUGGAGGAGUCCCCUGAGUCCUUCCACUACCUCUGCACCUCCGGCUGUGUGAAGGACCGGAGCCUGGAUGACAAGCAGCUAUUCGACAGUGUCAUGGAGGCGUUGAAGGUGCUGGAGUUUACGGAGGAGGAGAUAAGGGACAUGUUCAAGCUGCUGUCUGGGGUGCUGCAGCUCGGCAAUGUGGAGUUCAUGACUGCAGGGGGCGCCCAAAUCACCACCAAACAAGUGUUGACCAAUGUGAGUGAGCUACUGGGUCUGGACUGCUUCCAGCUGUCGGAGGUUCUAACCCAAAGAUCUAUGAUACUACGAGGAGAGGAGAUAUGCUCACCACUCACCGUAGAACAGGCCAUCGACUCUCGAGAUUCUGUUGCCAUGGCGCUGUACUCCCAGUGCUUCUCCUGGAUCAUCCUGAAGAUCAACCAGAAGAUCAAAGGCAAAGACAACUUCAAAUCCAUCGGCAUCCUCGACAUCUUUGGCUUCGAGAACUUCGAGGUCAACCGAUUUGAGCAGUUCAAUAUCAACUAUGCCAAUGAGAAACUGCAAGAGUACUUCAACAAGCAUAUAUUCUCUCUUGAGCAGCUGGAGUAUAACAGGGAAGGCAUUCAGUGGGAGGCUAUAGACUGGAUGGAUAACGCUGAGUGCCUGGACCUGAUCGAGAAGAAACUGGGCAUGUUGGCGUUGGUUAAUGAAGAGAGUCGUUUCCCUAAGGGCACCGACUUCACCCUGCUGGAGAAACUACACAGCAGACACUCUACUAACCCCUACUAUGUGAAGCCCAGAGUUGCAGACCAUCAGUUCGGCAUCAAGCACUACGCAGGAGAGGUUCUGUACGACGUGAGGGGAGUCCUGGAAAAAAACAGAGACACUUUCAGAGACGACAUCCUCAACAUGCUCAAAGACAGCAAGCUGGAUUUCAUCUAUGACCUGUUUGAGCUGGUUGCCAGUAGGAACAGUGAGGAGACUCUGAAGAUGGGCACAGCCCGACGCAAGCCCACCGUCAGCUCCCAGUUCAGGGACUCUCUGCACUCGCUGAUGGCCACUCUGAGCGUGUCCAACCCCUUCUUCAUCCGCUGCAUCAAGCCCAACAUGGAGAAGAACCCGAACAUUUUUGACCCAGAAGUGGUUCUGAACCAGCUGAGGUACUCUGGGAUGCUGGAGACUGUUAAGAUCCGCCGAGCUGGCUUCCCCGUCAGACGCACCUUUAAAGACUUCUACACCAGGUAUAAGAUCAUCCUGAAGGACAAGGCAGCGUUAUCAGCGGUGGGAGACGAGAGGAAGAGGAGCACUGACCUGCUGACCAAAUAUGACAAGACCAAGAAGGAGUGGCAGCUAGGCAAGACCAAGGUGUUUAUGAAAGAGUCCCUGGAGCAGCGUCUGGAGAAGGAGAGAGAGGAGGUGCGCAGUAAAGCUGGCCUCAUCAUCAGGGCAUACCUCCUCAGAUACACCGCCAGGAAGUUCUAUCGUAAGGCUCGUGCGAGCAUCAUCACCCUCCAGAAGAACUUAAGGGCGUGCCUGGGCAGGAGGCGGUUUCUACGGCAACGGAAGGCCACCCUGGUCCUGCAGAGGCACCAGCGAGGACGCCUGGCCAGAGCACGCUGCCGCAAGCUACGCGAGGAGAAGAGGAAGAGAGAGGAGGAGGAGAGAAAGAAGAAGGAGGAGGAAGAGGGGAAGAAGCCGGAAGGGGAGGGGCAAACAAAGGAAGGGGCCGAGAAAGAGCAGGAAGAAGGAAGUGAUACGGAGUCCGAGCGUCCCCUCUCCCUGGAGGAGACGCAGCGUCAGAUGGAAGAGAUCCUUCGUCUGGAGCGCGAGAUCGAGCGUCUGCAGCGUCAGCGGGAGGACGGCGUGUCACAGCUGUGUGAGAGCAGCAGGCAGGAGCUGCGUCUUCGCCGGGACGCCGAGCUGCUGAGGGCCAAGAAGGAGGUGUCGCGCAAGGACCUGCGCAGCUACCGCAGCACCAACGGGGCCGAACUGGUGGUGCCGCUCACAGACCCAGGCACACAGCCCCGGCCCACCUCAUCUCCAUCCCCCAUGCCCACGACGACGCCAGCCCAGCAGGCCCCGGCCAAGGCUCGGCCCGCCAGCAGCAGCGGCACCACGGCCAAGAAGACCUCGGAGGAGGAAGUGGACGAGGGCUUCCACGCCGACGAGGACCCCUGCAUCCCCCUGCCCGAGAUCCCGCCGCCGUCCAGCGAGGGCCCCAUAGACAAGGACAUCCUGUCCAACCUGCCGCCCCCGCCGGCAGCCUUCGCCGAGGGCACCGUACCCCCACCACCCGCCGGCACCGCCGGGCCUCCCCCUCCACCUCCCCUGCCGGGAGGAGACGCGGCCGGAGCGCCGCCACCUCCCCCUCCACCACCGCCUCCUCCUCCACCCCCACCGCCCCCACCUCUCCCCGGAGAGGCCCCGGCUGCGCCUCCGAAAGAGGAGGGGAAGGAGGAGAAGAAGGAGGAGGAGGGAGACAGGAGCAGCAGGCUGACGGCAGCCGAGUCCCUGCCUGAGGGAGAGGAGGAGCCCAUAUACAGCCUCCCCGCCGACACCGAGUCAGACUACGAUGAGGACGAGAAGGAGGAGGCGCAGGGGGGCAGUGGUACGGAUGGAGGGAGCACGGUGACUGUGGAGGAGGAGGUGCGCAAGUCCACCUGCACCAACGCCUCCCUCGACUCAUAUAGGGGGAGCUCAGAUUCGUAUGCGGAGAGUGAUGAUGAGCAUGAUGGCUAUGUGGAUACGGAUGAGGAGGUGUCCUCCAAUGGCAAAGUGCACGUGCUCAACGGCAACGGACCACCAUACUUCCACAGCUACCUCUACAUGAAGGCUGGUCUGAUGAUCCCGUGGCGUCGGCGCUGGUGCGUUCUGAAGGACGAGACCUUCAUGUGGUUCCGCUCCAAGCAGGAGUCCCUGAAGAGUGGCUGGCUCUACAAGAAGGGCGGCGGCCUCUCCACGCUGUCCAGACGCAACUGGAAGAUGAGGUGGUUUGUGCUGCGCGACACCAAGCUCAUGUACUUUGACAACGACAGCGAGGAGAAGCUGAAGGGAACCAUCGACAUCCGCGGCGCCAAGGAGAUCGUGGAUAACCAUGAGAAGGAGAACGCUCUGAACAUCGUGACUGAGGAGAGGACCUACCAGGUGUUUGCAGAGUCACCAGAGGACGCCAGUGGUUGGUUUAAUGUGCUGAGUAAGGUGCACGUGGCGACUCAAGAGCAGUUAAUGGAGAUGUCUCAUGAGCAGGCCAACCCAAAGAACGCAGUGGGCACUCUGGAUGUUGGCCUCAUCGACUCCGUUUGUGCCUCUGACAACCCUGACCGGCCCAAUUCGUUUGUGAUCAUCACGGCUAAUCGUGUGAUCCACUGCAACUCUGAGAUGCCAGAGGAGAUGCACCACUGGAUCAGCCUCCUGCAGAAACCCAAAGGAGACUCCAAGAUAGACGGGCAGGAGUUCCUAGUCAGAGGCUGGCUGCACAAGGAGAUGAAGACCAAUGCCAAGAGCACGUCCCUCAAGCUGAAGAAGCGCUGGUUCGUGCUGACCAACAACUCGCUGGACUACUACAAGUCGUCCGAGCGCAGCGCCUCCAAGAUGGGCACGCUGGUCCUCAACAGCCUCUGCUCCGUGGUGCAGCCUGAGGAGAGGGUCUUCAAGGACACUGGCUACUGGAACAUCAUCAUCUUCGGCCGUAAGCACUCGUACCGUCUGUACACCAAGAUGCUGAACGAGGCUAUGCGGUGGGCGUCGGCCAUACAGGGCGUCAUCGACAACAAGGUUCCCAUAGAAACGCCCACGCAGCAGCUGAUCCGCGACAUCAAGGAAAAAACUAGGGGAAGCUCAAAAUUGCCGGGUGCGCCUUCUUUAACAUCAUGGACGCGAGGAUCGUGGACAAGGGAAAGCAGUGUGAACUCUGAGGCGGUGGAGCAAAUGUACCGGCGGAACCCCAUCCUCAGAUAUACCCAGCAUCCUUUGCACUCGCCCCUGCUGCCCCUGCCGUAUGGGGAGGUCAGCUUCAGCAUUCAAAAGGAGCCAGGUUACUCCAGUCUUCAGGACGAGGCUGUGAAGAUGUUCAACUCUCUGCAGGAGAUGGAGACAGUACCGGAUCCCGUUCCCAUCAUCCAGGGCAUACUGCAAACGUGCCAGGAUCUGCGCCCGCUGCGUGAUGAGGUCUACUGUCAGGUGAUCAAACAGACCAAUCACGUACCACAUCCCAACGGUCCAGCCAAUCGCGCGCUCUGGCACCUUCUAACAUGCAUGAGCUGCACCUUCCUGCCCAGCAGAGCCAUACUCAGAUACCUGAGGUUUCACCUGAAGAGGAUCUCCCAACGCUUCCCCGGUACAGAGAUAGAGAAGUACGCCCAGUUCAUCGCCGAGUCCCUGAAGAAGACCAAGUCGCGCGAGUACGUGCCAUCCCAGGAGGAGAUCGCCGCUCUGCUGGUGAGGCAGGAGAUGACAACCACCGUUUACUGCCACGGAGGAGGGUCAUGCAAGAUAUCCAUCAACUCACACACGACUGCUGGGGAGGUGGUUGAGAAGUUAAUCCGCGGCCUGGCUAUGGAGGACAGUAGGAACAUGUUCUCGCUGUUUGAGCAUAACAAGGUGACGGACAGGGCCAUCGAGAGCCGCAUCAUCGUGGCUGAUGUCCUUGCCAAGUUCGAGAGGUUGGCAGGAAGUGAGGACGAGGAGGAGGAGGGGCCAUGGAGGCUCUACUUCAAGCUGUACUGCUUCCUGGAUGUGGAGAGCAUGCCCAAGGAGGGGGUGGAGUUUGCAUUCAUGUUUGAACAGGCCCAUGAGAGCCUGAUCAGUGGUCACUUCCCUGCUCCAGAGGAGACUCUGCAGCACCUGGCUGCCCUGCGUCUGCAGUACCUGCACGGGGAUGUGACCCCUCGCCCCGCCUGGACCCUGAACGCCGUCUACCCUGUAGGACGCCUACGCACACGCGUCCUGCAGUCUACCAAGGGACCCGGGGCCGCAGCGGUGAGCGCUCUGAGUGGGUCAGGGCUGGGGGGUCCGGGGGAUCGGACGUCUUCGGGCUCUGUGGGAAGCACAGUGGAACGCCGCAAGAACAGCUUCCUGGAUGGAACACUGAGGAGGAGUUUCAAGACGGGCUCCCUGAAGAAGCAGCGCGUGGAGGAGGAGCAGAUGCUGGAGAUGUUUGUGAAGGAGGAGACCUCGGCCACCCGCACCUCCGUCACGGAGAAGUGGGGCCGUCUGCAGGGCCUCCCCCAGCACCAGGCCAUGCUCAAAUACAUGACCAUCGUCAAGGAGUGGCCCGGGUACGGCUCUACGCUCUUCGAUGUGGAGUGUAAGGAGGGUGGUUUCCCCCAUGACCUGUGGCUGGGUGUGAGUGCUGAGAACGUCUCUGUGUAUAAGCGUGGCGAGUGCAAGCCUCUGGAGACCUUCCAGUACGAGCACAUCGUCUUCUUCGGGGCGCCGCAGCCCAGCACCUACAAGAUCACUGUUGACGAGAGGGAGAUGUUCUUCGACACGCCACUGGUGGGUGAGAUCACCAAGAUCAUGAAGGCCUACAUCAACAUGAUCGUCAAGAAACGCUGCAGCAUCAUGUCCGUCUCCAGCUGCGGCAGUGCCUGGGCCAGGUGAGACAUCCACCAAUCAGUGUGUAAUGGCUGGGUCAGGUGAUUGACAUCCACCAAUCAGUGUGCAAUGCCUGUGUCAGGUGAUCGACAUCCACCAAUUAGUGUGCAGUGCCUGGGUCAGGUGAUCGACGUCCACCAAUCAGUGUUGCCUGGGUCAGGUGACCAACAUCCACCAAUCGCUGUACAGUGGCUGGGUCAGGUGACCAACAUCCACCAAUCACUGUGCAGUGCUUGGGUCAGGUGACCAACCACCCACCAAUCGCUGUAUAGCUUCUCAGCUCUGAGAGGGCUUGCCCUGGGAUAAAGCACCAAUCACAGGCCACAGCUUUCUUCUGCCUCAGAGGAAAUCAGGAACAAGAAUAACAACCAAAACCCUGGAGAUGUCCAUCAGCUGGCCACAGACGAGAGAGACAUUAGGAGCGUCGAGAAGCGGAAAAUUGGAGACGAUUUAUGCACACGUGAAAAUAUGUAGAUAUACACUCACAGUCAUGGGCGUGCGGUGCACACACACACACAAACACACACGCAAACACACACACACAGAUGGACAUUGACAUUAACAUUAACAUUGACACUCUUCUAAUAUGGUCCUGCUUGGUAUAUCCCGUCCCUGUUAGCUACGAAGCUAGCCCACUAAUAGCACACCUUGAAUCACUGUACUCACCGGGACCAACGUCAAAAACACAACAACAAUAAGCACAGCCAACACAGCCAGUAUUUAUUUAUUUAUUUAUUCCCUCCUUCACACACGGACUCCCUUCACUGCCAAGGUCUCCACCCAAAGACUGAAGAAAAAAACCCUACACAUGCUUGCUUAUAUACCCCACAGCUUCCCCGCGUCUGUUCCCUGCACCUACCCUUGGUCACAUCAACAUCAGUGGAGGAACAAGCCAAUCUUCAUCGACGGUGCACAUUGCUGGCCAUUAUUGUCAAAAGAGAGCUAAGUAAGUUGACUUGCUCAUGGGCCCGUGUCCAUGUUACUGUGACACCUGUCAUCAUGUCACUGCAACGCCUGACUGAUGUACCAGCACUGGAGAGACGAGAGGUCGAGAUGUCUGAUGCAGGUGUCAUGGCUGACUCACUGCAGGUUGAGGGUAUCAGCUGAGUUUAACAAUGAAGCAAGUGUUCGAGUGUUUGUCGGCCAUUUUGAAAGGCCCUAUGCUUGUGACCAAUCUGGGUCAAUGCAAGACGUAUUCAAAUAAGGGCUACUUAGUGUGUGGUGGAUAAUUGUGAGGGUUUAGAUGUGCAGGAUUAAGUGAAAUAAGAGGAUGGAGGAAGACUGAAAUGGAGGGAAUACUCAUAAAUGCAAACAAAGUGUAGAUUUCACUCUUCAUGUCUUCUCCCGACAUACCGUACUGCACAAAAAACACACAGUCCAACCUGAGAAUCGUCCUUGUUUUUGUAUUAAUUCAGAUAUCCUAUGUAUAGAUUUGAUAGCCAUCGAGAAGCCCUUACUGUACAUACGUUCCUCGAGAGGUAUGAUAAUUACUGAUGUACUGUUUAUCUGUAAGAUAAACAAACGAAAACAAACAAAAAAAGAUAUUUAAAGUGUUUAUGUGAAUGCACAUACUGUACGUAAGUACCACUGUCAGUGCCACACGAGGGAGUGCCAUCACCACCACAGUAUAAAAUAGACCGAAAAACAGAAAACAAAAGAGCACGGAUACACCGUAGUAUUGCCCAAUACCAUACAUCUGCACAGCUGGUGUGUAUGUGUAUAUGUAUGUGUGUGUGUGGAGAGACGGCUGGCCUUGGCUUUGGGCUGCUAUAAUAGCACUGAAAUGAGCUGAUUGACAGACUGGGGAGCGCUGUUGAUCACUAGUCUAAAAACUGAGCCAUAUAGGGAUGACCACGGCCUGUAUGAUUGCUGUCUGACUGCUACUAUAAUAAUAUUAUAUAAUAUAGGAUAUAUAUAUAUACGUAGGAGAACCACGUACAAUACUGAACUCAUCUAUACCAUGUGUGUUAGUACAGUUUUACACUGACGCCAAAGCUGAAUAGUGCUGUAUGUUCCUGUUUGACACAAGGUCGCAUUGAAAGAGGCGGUGGAAGGAACCAACCCUUAUACUUAUUGUAUUUAAUACAUUGAUUUUCACAAGAAUCUGCCAUCAAUUCGCCAUCAUCAGCCACCAUUCUUAUCCCUGAGGGAAGUUUUGGUGACCAAGGAGACUUGGUAUCGCUUUAAAGGUCCCAUGUCUACUUUUAGUGAUUUAAUUUCCAAAAUGUGUAGUAUGCCUAGCCCAAUGACAAGAUGCGCCUAG